AUGGAGGACAGUAGCAAUACAAUCAUACCCUCACCCACUGACGUGGGGGCGCUAGCAAACAGAAUCAACUUUCAAACCAGAGAUGCCCACAAUAAAAUCAAUACCUUCAUGGGCAUAAAGAUGGCCAUCGCCAUGAGACAUGGCUUUAUAUACAGACAGGGUAUUCUGGCGUACUAUUAUGUGUUCGAUGCCAUCGAGCAAGAGAUAGAUCGCCUACUGAAUGACCCCGUAACGGAGGAGGAGCUGCAAACUUCGACCAUUCUGAAGCAGUUUUGGCUCGAAGAUUUUAGAAGAUCUACGCAGAUCUAUAAGGACCUGAAGCUGCUAUACUCAAACACGUUUAAAAGCACAGAAUCAUUAAACGAAUUCCUGGCUACGUUCCAGAAGCCACCGCUACUACAGCAGUUUAUCAAUAACAUCCACGAAAACAUACACAAGGAGCCAUGCACCAUUCUUUCUUACUGUCACGUUCUGUACUUGGCGCUUUUCGCCGGCGGCAAGCUAAUACGAUCGAAUUUGUACAGAAGACUGGGGCUCUUCCCCAACUUCGAGAAGCUAUCACAGAAGGAACUGGUCAAAAAGGGCACAAACUUCUUCACCUUCAGCGAUCUGGGUCCCACUGAAGAAACACGCUUGAAAUGGGAAUACAAGAAGAACUAUGAGCUGGCCACCAGGACGGAAUUGACCGAAGCACAAAAGUUGCAGAUCAUUAGCGUCGCAGAAGGCAUUUUUGAUUGGAACUUCAACAUCGUUGCAGAAAUUGGAGAGUUGAAUCGUCGCGAGUUAAUGGGCAAGUUCAGCUUCAAGUGUAUUACGUACUUGUACGAAGAAUGGAUGUUCAACAAGGAUUCUGCUACUAGAAGAGCACUCCACACGGUCAUGCUGCUGGUGCUUUCUAUUAUCGCGAUCUGGGUUCUUUACUUCUUGGUAAAGAGUUUUCUUAGCAUAGUAUAA